CCUCAGCGCAAAGCCACAAGGCGUCUCGUUUCGCUGUCACAACAAACCGGACGCUUUACGUUUAUUUUUGUUUUUAUUUUCUUAACAGAGUGGAAAUGUUGCGAUUCCGGAAGAUUUUCAACGUGGAUCGCGUCGCAGUGAUAGGGAUGAUCCACGUAGACGCCCUUCCAGGGACGCCGCUGUUCGGCGGGUCAGUGACGCGGCUGAUCGAAAAAGCGUGCCGCGACGCCCAAGUUUACAAGAAAAGCAACGUCGACGGGAUUUGCAUCGAGAACAUGCACGACGUGCCUUAUGUCAAGUCGCACGAGCUGCGCCCCGAGACGACGGCAGUCAUGAGUCGGGUGUGCGCCGAAGUGAAGCGCAUCGUCGGCGGCCACAUCGCCUGCGGCGUGCAGAUUCUGGCUGGGGGCAACUGCGAGGCGCUGGCUGUUGCUCAAGCGGCCGAUUUGCAAUUCAUAAGGGCCGAGGGAUUUGUGUUCGGCCAUGUGGGCGACGAGGGAUACCACGACUCCUGCGCCGGCCCGCUGCUCCGUUAUCGCAAGCAAAUUGCUGCCGACGACGUUUUGAUUUUCACCGAUAUUAAGAAAAAACACAGCUCCCACGCAAUCACGGCUGAUGUCAGCAUCGAAGAGACGGCAAGAGCUGCAGAGUUUUUCCUGUCCGACGGGCUAAUCGUGACUGGCACUUCGACAGGCGACCCUGUCAAUCAGGAAGACCUCCAUGGAGUGAAGAAAUCGAGCUCAUUGCCUGUGAUUGUUGGGUCUGGUACUGACUUGGGAAAUGUUCAAGAGCUUUCAAAAUCAGCUGAUGCUGUUAUUGUUGGGACUUAUUUCAAGAAAGAUGGAAGGUGGCAAAACGAGGUUGAUGGAGAGCGAGUGCAGAAAUUCAUGGACAUUGUAAAAUCUUUGUAAGAAAAAUAAAUUUAAAAAUAA